UAGAAAAUGAAAUGUAUCUUUUGGAUUUUCGUGAUUUUAGAAAUAUUCAGCUUUAUUCGAACGACUAAUAUUGAUGGACAGAGUACAGGAACGACAAUUCCUGUGUCAACUAACUCAGUAUCACAGUCCAUAGCUAUAUCUAGUCUAGAUAGCAGUACAGCAUCAUUUAAUCAAACAACUCCAGCCCCAACGACUGAUUCCAUCAAUCCUCUAGAACAUUGUCCUAGUAAUGUUCAGUGUUCACAGUUAGGUGGUGACUGUAUCCAGUGUUCAUUUAAUACUUCAUGUUUUUAUGGUUCUGUUCAAGAGGCAGAGUGUUCACCUAAGCCUCAAGUCAAUUGCACUGGUAAUCAAGUAUUUAGAAGGCAGUUUGAAUGUAGGUUCUGCUAUCAACUACCAGAGGUUAAAUAUCAAUGUAACCAUUCUACUACAUGUAUGAUAUCCAACUCUAAAAAUUAUUAUCCACCAAGAUCUACAUAUAUAUCAUUAUGUACGGCCCAACAAGAUGUCCUAUGUUUAGGAAGAAGAAGGUUUUAUAAAGAGAGAGAAUGUAAUUGGACCAGUGGAUAUAAAUGGUCAACAGCCUUUAUUCUCAGUAUAACAGUAGGUGGGUUUGGAGUUGACAGAUUUUAUUUAGGAUUAUGGAGAGAGGCUAUAGGUAAACUGUUUAGUUUUGGUGGACUAGGUGUAUGGACUCUAGUAGAUGUAAUAUUAAUAGGGGUGGGAUAUGUCGGUCCUGCUGACGGAUCUCUUUAUAUAUAACUUGAGGACUAAGUCAAAACAUACCCAAUGUCUGUCAUUCACUGUGAAAUCAUCUUGAGCAGGCCAUUCCUUUCGAUGGAAGUCAGAAUACAUGUACACAGCUAUGUUGGAAACUUGCCAAAUAUGAAGUGAAAUCAAUCAUGAACAUUGAAUUCCAUUUGGUAAAAGUGAGAGGAAGGAAGGGGUUAAAAAGACUAAUUAAAUCAUGGAUGGUACAUGGAAAAUAUUAGGACAAAAAAAGAGAGUGUAAGUGAAUAUGGAUUUUGAAAGGAAAAAUAUUUUCAGAAUUUUCAAUAGCAAUGUUGAUUAUUCUAAGCAUUGUGAAGAUAAUCUGCCAGAUUAGAGAGUUAGUUUCUGAUGAUAUACUGUGAUAUAAUCAUUGUUCCAUUUUUAUUCUUAUUAGCAUGGUUUAUAGUCAAUAUUUUCUAUCAGGGACCAGAAACUGAAGAAAUUGAUAUAAAAAUCUCAACAUAACGUUUCUAGGCCUUGAUUUGUCACAUUUAGUAUAUAUUUUAUUUAAAGAAAAAGCAAAACACUGCCUAUCUCUGCAAAUAACAUAAUUUUUGCUUGGUAGUUCAAGAUCUAUUGAUGUACGACCUGAAUUUUUUAUCUCAAAAUGGUAAAGGAUUUUUGAGCUCUUGUAGCUAAUUAGUUCAUUUUUACCAAAUUUCAAAACGUAAAAUUAGCAAAAAAGUCUCUUUGAAGCAAAAUAUUACCAUCCAGUUUGACAUUCACUUCCUUGAAAACCUGACUACAUAUAUACAAUGUUUUUGGUUUCAUCAAUAUAGAAAAUUGAAUCAUUAUAUAAGUAUAGUUUCAAAGUCCGAUUACCAUAACAAUCAUUCCAUUUAGAUGUACAUAUAUCAUAGUAUAUUCUGUAUAUAUAUUAUAAAUAAAGAUUUUUUACUAACCUUU